GGUCGGUAAAUUAUCGAGGGAUAUGACCCGGACCCGCCAGAAACACUUGCCCGGUCACUAUUAAACGCCACUCCGACGUUUAAUUAAUAUUUUUAAAGUGAAGAAUGUCAGUUAAUUAACUCCAGGAUAAAAUAAGUAACUACUUAAUUGUUGUAUCGCCUCCUGAGGAUUUUAAAUAGUCAAAGUCAUGUUAUUCUACUCGUUCUUUAAGUCCCUCAUCGGGAAGGAUGUUGUUGUGGAGUUAAAAAACGAUCUGAGUAUUUGUGGUACUCUUCACUCUGUGGAUCAAUACCUCAAUAUCAAAUUGACUGAUAUUAGUGUCACAGAUCCCGAUAAAUAUCCACAUAUGUUAUCCGUGAAGAACUGUUUUAUCCGGGGCUCGGUCGUUCGAUACGUUCAGCUCCCUGGCGAUGAGGUUGACACCCAGCUCCUCCAGGACGCAGCACGCAAAGAGGCAGCUGUGCAGACCCGAUAAAAAAAAUCUUGGGCAUUUACGCUACAUCUAUUUUCUAUUCCAAAAACGAACUAAAAAAAAUUGUAAAAUAAUCAAUAGGAUAUUCACUGAAUAAAUUGACAUAUAAAAAUAAACAAAAAAUAAUCGACAAA